UAGUUGACUACACAUUAGGUACUUAUUACUGGUAUCAUGUUCGCCUUGUACACAUAUCGUUUUCUUUACAUCCUCGCAUUAUCAUUAUUACCAGACAGAAGCCAUGCUCAAGAAUUUACUCCGAGAAUCACCGACUGGGAUGAAGAAACGAUGUAUGAUUUAGAAAAAAAUAUGUACUUCAAUAUGCAGAAUAAGUACGACUCAAUAGAGUUUCUGAGAAGCAGGUAUAAAAGACAUUCUGCCUACACCGUGGGAAGAUUGGCUUACCUUAUACGCAGAAAAUAUGCACAGCAGAUGCAUAUGGUACAUCGCUGUCAUAAAAAAGGAGACACGACAAUUCAGGGGUUAGUAAGGAACGCAACAUCAUGUCAAAGAUUGUACUAUGAUAUUCACGUUGCGACUGAAGUGGUAAAAACAUAUUAUGAUAAAUUUUUCUCGAAAUCACCUCCAGGAGACGACGAUAAGCUCGUGGAUGAUAAUGAUGUAGAUGACACCCUAACUGAUAAUAAAAUUAAAGGACGUAGUGGUGAAGCCUUGAGAAGUAACACGACCAGUUUACAUUUAGGAAUACGGGCAGAUGAGUUCGAUGACCCUGGGGACCUAGAAAGGCGCCGUAGUUUUGGAAUACGGGCAGAUGAGUUCGAUGACCUUGGGGAGCUAGAAAGCCGCCGUAGUUUUGUAAGCAAGCAAGCUGAUGUGCCAAGAACUCAUAGUCCAAGAAAUGUACGGAAAUCUCUGAGAUUCCUGGGCAUGGCGGACCACACGCUUCGGCUUCAGCAGCUAGUUAAAAAGAAAAUAUAAUACUUACCUACUACAAAUGUAAGGGCAAGUGUUGUGUCCGUGGACGAGUGUACUUGAAGACACUGGCGAUAUUUAAAGAAGUACUUGCAGUAGUAAUGGUAUUGUAUACCUACAUAAAACAAUAGUUAUUUGUAGAGAGCGGAUUUAAGGUAGCGAUUGAAAUAUUAAUAUGGAUAUGACUAGUGCAAUUCUUUAAAUAGGUACAUGUCAUGUGGUUUAUAUUAUAAUAAGCGGGCCGAUUUUUAAGUCUCACGCGUUCUAAUUCAGAAAAUUGUCACUGAAG